AUGCGCGUCGCUCUCCUCCUCGCCCUCGCCGCUCCUGUCGUCCUCGCCCAGUCCUCGGCCGAGGCCACCACCACCGCCCCCGCUGCCGCUGGCGAGUCUGGCGCCGCCGCCGAGCCCUCCGGCUCGGGUGCUGCCGAGCCCUCUGGCUCUGGCGCCGCUGAGCCCUCUGCCUCUGGCGAGGGUGCCGGUGCCGGUGCCGGUGCCGGUGCCUCCGUCUCCUCCGUUAGCGCCUCGGUCGCCUCGGUCUCGGAGGCCGUGGCCUCUGGCGCGUCGGCCUCUGGCGCGUCGGCCUCUGCCGUCUCUGGCGCCGUCGCCUCUGGCGCCUCGGCCUCUGGUGCGUCGGCCUCUCACGCCUCUGGCGCCGCGGCCUCUGGCGCCUCGGCCUCGUCCGUCUCGGCCUCCAUCUCGCACGCCCCCAACGCCUCGGCCGCCACGACGUCCAAGCCCGCCGCCGGCUUCACCAACACCGUCCCCAUCGCCGCCCUCAUCAUGGCCGCCGUCGGUGCCGCUGCCCUCUAA